CGCCUCUCCCUGUCCUGAGACAUUUUCCUUCCCAGUUUGAGACAUCCAGAUCGUCAGAGAGGACGUGUGGACCAAGGCACCGAAAUACCCCAUUUGCUAUGAACUUUUAACCGAUUAUCCCCCACCCCCGGGAGCCGAUCCCGGUCAGGGAGAAGAGAACACUUUUUUUUCCUUUGCUGACGUCACAAUGCUCCUGGACUUCAUUGGAACUUUGAGUUUCUCAACAUUCUGAUUGCUGUUUAGCAUUGUUGUGAUUGCGGUUACUGCACGCGCAUUUAGCCGUUAUUUAUUUCGCACAGAGUGAAAUCCGGACUCCGUCCGUUCUCUUUUUGACCGGUGUCCCUUCCUGACACCGCGAACAGUGGUUUGAUCGCUCGGUGUAACGGUAGUUUGUCACGGGUCGGUGUAUUUCGAUUGGAAAUAAAAGAAAAUGAACACAAAUCCAGGUAUCCCCCCGCCGGGACAGCAAGUGAUCCAUGUCACCCAAGAUCUAGACACCGAUCUGGAGGCUCUGUUCAACUCCGUGAUGAACCCGAAGCCCAGUUCCUGGAGGAAGAAGAUUCUCCCCGAGUCGUUCUUCAAGGAGCCUGAUUCGGGAUCUCACUCUAGACAGUCCAGCACUGAUUCUGGAAGCCACCCUCCGAGGCUUGGGAUUCAGCACGUCCGAUCGCACUCAUCCCCCGCUUCCUUGCAGCUGGGGGCCGGUACCGGGACCGCACCGAGUCCUGCUCAGCAGCACGCUCACCUCCGCCAGCAGUCGUACGAUGUGACAGAUGAGCUGCCUCUUCCACCGGGCUGGGAGAUGGCAUACACUCACACCGGCCAGAGAUACUUCCUCAACCAUAUGGAAAAAAUCACAACAUGGCAGGAUCCUCGGAAGACAAUGCCUCAACCAGUGGCACAUCUGAACCACCAUUCAGUUUCUACAUCUACACCAAUGAGCCAAAGAUCGUUGGCAAUGUCCCAGCCCAACCUAGUGAUGAAUCACCAGCAUCAACAACAGAUGACUUCCAGCCAAGCAAUACCCCAACAGACCCACCCCAGCCAGAAUCAUCAAACAGCACUAAUCAACUUGCCCAAUGCCCUCACCGCUCAGCAACAACAGCAGCAGAAACUCAGGCUGCAGAGAAUCCAAAUAGAGAGAGAACGGAUCCGAAUGCGUCAAGAGGAGCUGAUGAGACAGGAAGCUGCAUUAUGCCGACAACUUCCCAUGGAGUCUGAGAGCAUGGCUCCUGUGCAGAACACGGUGAGCCCACCUACCAUGACCCAGGACAUCCGAUCUAUAACGAACAAUGGAUCUGACCCUUUCCUCAACAGCGGGCCAUACCACUCUAGAGAACAAAGCACAGACAGUGGCCUUGGUCUGGGAUGCUACAGCAUACCGACUACUCCCGAAGACUUUCUAAGUAAUAUGGAGGAAAUGGACACAGCUGAAAUUCUGGCCCAACCAGCUUUGAAUCUGAACCCACAAACACGCUUUCCAGAUUUCCUUGACUCUCUUCCUGGGACAAACGUCGACCUGGGGACACUGGAGUCUGAAGAUUUGAUUCCCAGUCUCAAUGACGUGGAGUGUGUGUUGAACAAAAAUGAAUCCUACCUCACCUGGCUCUAGUCGGUGCUCUGACUGCUUUGUAUAUUUUUUGUUUAAUAACCUAGCAUAAUUUUCUUUUGAUAUGAAAUGUACAAUGAGCCUCAGAGCAAGUUCAUCCACAUGCUGCCAUUUGUUUGACUUGAGUUAUGAUACAGUAGUCAUUCUAUUCAUCACUGUGAGGAUGUUAUGUAUUUGUUACUAGUGUGGGUUUACAUCCUCUGUAUCUGUACCCGAGCUGCAGCCUUUCAGAAUUGGAUCACCUACUAGAGGCUAACGCUGUUACUGGUUGCAUUUCUGUAUUCAGUUUUGCAGAUAGCUUUGUUUUGUUUGUUUUUAAAGUAGGACUUAGGCAUUACAUUAUACAAGCAUAGAAAUAAAACUGUGCAUUGGGCUGGAGUUUACUUAAGGACUUUACUUUGGGCCAGGCCAUCAUUCUUGAUUUUCUUUAUUAGGGCAGCCUCGGGAGGCAAGAGUAGAGAGACUUUAUGGUAGCCUCUCAAGUAUGCCAUGCUCUCUUUUUGCCAACCUUGCCCUAUUUUGUUGCUCACGACCUGCUCUUUGCCUAUCCCACCCUACAACGCCUUUUUAAUUUUCUAGAGGUCAGGGUGAUGACACCAGGGACUUUAUGCCUAAAGAUGCUUUUAGUAUAAACCCAGCCCUGUCUGUACAGUAUACAUACAAUAUGUUUAUAACUAUAGAACCUAAUGCUUUUAACGUGUUUGACAUAAGCUUUAUAAAUCAUAGUAUUGUUCAAACAUCUUGCUGGAUAUAGGUUGACAAGUAGUUUUUUUAAGUCAAGCUACCUAGACUUUUUUUUCUCUUUUAGCAGAAGCACAAUAACUUCAUUUAUAGAUAUUUCCAAUUUAAAAGUAGCAUUACUAUCCAAAAUAAUUAUACACUACAACAGAUUGGUACUAACUACCACUUAUUUGUAUAAACAUGUGAUUACACAUUUUUACUGUUUUAUUUCCAUUUUAUGCCUUAUUGAUUUUAUUGUUUGUUUUAGUAAGCACUACAAAUUUUGCAACUGACAAAGAUCAGCCUUUUUGAUACACAAAGCAAUCAUGUCUGUGACACUAUCAAAGGGAGUAUUUUGAAAAUCAUAUUCAAAGUGAUAACGUGUGUUAAAAAGGUGUUUUUAGAAGUGGAAUUCAUUUACGUAUAGUAUAUGUGUCCACUAUGUAGAUUAUCAUCAUAUAAUUGUUUAUAUUCCCAGCAAUGCUGUAAACAAAUGAGAUAUUAAUCUUUUUUUUCAGCAGUUGGAACAUACACAGGAGAUACAUUUAUAUACUAUAUUAAUAGCUUUUUAUAUUAUCAUUAAAGAAUUUUACAUCUGAGGUGUGGGACUGAGUAGGCAUAUGCACCAAUAACACAAUCGCAGAUACAAAUGACGUCCCAAAAUCCCUAAGUGUGUUUAAACCAUAUAAUAUUUAUAUUUAAAAUACAUAUUUUUCUUUCUUUUUUUCUUUUUUUUUACUGAAAUGAUGUUGUUUUGUUAAAGGCAUUAUUGAUUGAAAUCUCUUGAUAUAAUCCUAUAUAACCCACAAGAGAUUAUUUUGCACUUAUGUGUGUUUAGCGAAAAGCAGAAGACCUGCAAGGUCUCUAGCAGUUGGCAAAAGUAGCAAGUUGACCAACGUCAAAUAUCACCUUUUAAGAUCUCAUAGUAGAUAUGCUUAUCUAGGUGUGCAGCCUGCCCAACUUAUUUCAUCUGGACAGAUUGAUUGAAUCUACAUAUAUAGAAGGGAAGGGAAUCUGGUUGGUAUCAAAAGGGGUUUGGUGACAUUGAUGACAACACGUGUAUACUUAAAGAAAAGUAGCUGCCAUGGUCAACUGAUGGUGAAUCACUAGGUUCUCAGUGGCAAAUCUAUUUUCUGUCCAGCUGCUAACCAACUAAAGCUUUCUGAUGUUCUACCCGCUGAAUGUUAUGGAUAGUGUUGGCCAGGGAGUGAUCAAGUGGCUCCCGUUGCAGAAUAGUUGUAAUAUGCCAUAUUUGUAGAUGAUAAGAAGCAGCAAACGUUUUUCAGUAAAA